UUCCGUUCGAAGAAAGAAAAAGAGCAGCAUAGUCUGUUUAGAAAAAUGUCUGCAUUCCGAGCAUAUGAAGCAAAACUCAAUGAAAUUCAUGGUGUUGAUGGCUUUUCUGAUGAAGAAAUCUUGGAAUCAGAGAAGGCGUCAGUGCGUAUACCAUCGACGCCAUCUUUGAAUGUACGAAUUAGAUCCGAUUCACUAUCAAAGUCAUCUUUGUACACACCGCACAGUAAUGAAGUAACAUGGUGUGGACAAACAGCCGCAAUAAAAGAACAAGAAAUGCGCGAAAUACAGAAACAUGGACGAGCAAGAUCACGAACACUUCCGGUUCAACAGGAACCACUACUUAAACUACCUCAAGAAGGUUUUAUUUCAAAGAUGAGACGCCGGUUUAUUUCCACUGAUAGUUAUAAAGAAAAAGACGUGGAAAAAGCAGAAAUUCCUCCUGUGGUUGAUUCAAGACCGGAAAGGGUCCGGAAACGCGCCCAGAGUGAAAGCUUUAAUCUCAUGGAUGCUGUCAGUAUCUUCACUGAUGAAGAACAAAAGGAAGUUGAUCAGUUAUCGAAGAUGUUGGCAACACUGCUUGAUCAACAGGAAGUACGGACUAAAGUUGAGAAUAUUUCACCGCCGAGGUUGCGGCGAGUGCCGAUUGUACCUAUGGUAAGCCGGAAAGGUUCCUUGAUGCCUCCAAGUCCUUCUCAAUUCCAUGGUGGACGUAGAUUCUCAUUGAAUCCUGUUGAUGAUGGUAAUCAUAUUCCGAUUAGUCCUGCUCUGACUAAACAAAGGAGGUUUUCAUUGAGACCACAAGUCAGUAUAUCAAACACGCCUAGUCCUGUGCAUAGAAGGAUGAGAAAGGAUAACAAAGACAAUGUUAUUAUUGAACAUGAACAAAUGAAGUAAACAAAACUGUUAUGAACAAAUAUUAUCUAGGAUAUAUUAGGAGAUAGUGUAUUUAUUCCGUGUUGUUUUCUAUUGUUUUAUUGAUUUUUAG